UGCCUCCUGGCUACGAGCUUGGCGAGAAUAUUAGUGGUGUAUUUGUAUUGUUGUAACGCUUUCUUUGGAGGUUUUUUCAAUUCUCUCUGCAAUUUUUUUUCUUUUUAUCCCUUACCAACAAUAAGAGAAUUUCUGGAAAAGUCCGCAAAUGUAAUAAUGUUCGCAAAAAUAAAUUCCACAAAAUUUCACUCUUAAUUUUUAGAAUUAAGUCUUCGUAAUAAUAUAAUGAAGUCAAUUGACGAAAAAAUAUUUUUAAAUUUGGCUUCUCUAAAAUAUUUGGAUCUCAGCAGCAAUAAAUUGAGUCAACUUAAACGCAGCCAUUUUUCUAAACUUGUUAAUUUGGAGACUCUUUUGUUGGAUAAUAAUCAAAUUAAUUCAGAUGUUUUUAAGAAUUUGCAAAAUUUGGAAUCUUUAAGUUUGCAAAACAACUUUAUUGAGUCUAUCGAGGAUGAAGCUUUUUCUUAUCUUUUGUCUCUCAAGCAUUUGGAUAUUUCUAAUAACAGGAUUGGAAAGUUAAAAAUUACUCAUCUUCCUAAACUCGAAAUUCUCUUUCUCUCAAAUAAUUUAUUUGAACAAAUCAAAGACAUAAAUUUACAAAAUUUGUCUAAUUUAAAUACUCUACAUUUGGAAAACAACAAAAUUUUUAAAAUUUCAAAUGAAGAUUUUAAAUUUUUGAAAAAAAGUCAAAAACUAUAUUCUUUAAUUUUGGAUGGAAAUAAUAUCUCUUGGAUUGAUUGUUUUGCUUUUGAACCAAUAAAAAUGAGUUUGACAGUUUUGUCUUUACAAAAAAAUAAAAUUGCUUCAUUUUCGUGUUCUUCAACUAACGAUCCUUCACCAUCAAAUAUUUAUUUGGACCGUUCAGUAUUUGAAUUAUUAACAUCACUCAAAAAAUUAUUUCUUUCGUAUAAUUCAAUUAAUUCAAUAAAUGAAGGAGAUUUAAAUGGAUUAUUUUCAUUACAAGAAUUAAAUUUGGAUCACAACAAAAUAAUUAAAAUUUCAAGCAAAAGUUUUGAGGAAGUCAAAAAUUUGAAAAAAUUAUUUUUAAAUAAUAAUUUGCUUUAUUAUUUACCUAAAGGAGUUUUUGACAAUUUGGAUAUUUCCAAUUUAAUUUCUGUGGAUAUUUCUGAGAAUAAAUGGGAAUGUAUUUGUGAACAAGAAUGGAUUGGUUCUUGGCUUUCUUCAAUUGGACAAGCAAAUACUCCUUCAGGCACUUUAGGCUGUUUAAUUGGAAAAUGUGAAAAUAUUCCUCAACAACAAAAAGACAAUAAAAAUAAUUUAGAAAUAAUUAAAAACGAAGAAGAAAACAACAAUUUAAUUUAUUGGAUACGUUUAAUUGCUUGUAUUUUAGCUAUUUCAGCAAUUUUCUUUUUAAUAAUUGCUGGAUAUGUUUAUGUUCAAGAAAAUCGUUUAAUUCCUCUUUUACAAUUUUCAUCGUCAGAUACAGUUCAAUUAAUUCCAUCAAAUAAAAACAAAACAACAAUUUUCUCGUUCCCUAAUCCUUUAAAUAAAAAUUCAAAAUUUAACAGUAAUGAAGAAGAAGAAGAAAAUAAUUAUUUUCCACCUUCAUUGUCUAUUCAGGCUAAAGCUGGAAAAGUUGUUAUUGCUAAAGAAGAGGGGAAUAAUAAGGAAAGUAAAAAAGAAAAGAAAGUUGUUAGAUUUUGUGAGAAAUGA